UUCCAUUGGAUAAUCAAAUGACAUUUUGAAUGCGACAUUGAAGACACACACACACACACACAUGUCAGCCAUGAUGCUGGCCACAAAUGUGUCCGCCCUGGGCGAGGGCACGCCCCCCCUGUCUGAGCUGCAAGUGUUUCACAGUGAAAAAUUCCUAUUGAAUUUAACCCAAGUGCUAAACAUAUCGGCGGACAAUUUGACCAGCCUUUUGCAAGGACUUGAGCCACAGGAUCUGCUGGAGCAGUCGCCGCGUCCGAUGACCACCCAUAUGGGCCUGCUGGCCACGCUCAGCGUCGGCUAUGCCCUCAUCUUUGUGGCCGGCGUGCUGGGCAAUCUAAUUACCUGCAUUGUCAUCUCGAGGAACAAUUUUAUGCACACGGCGACCAAUUUCUAUUUAUUCAAUUUGGCCAUCUCGGAUCUAAUAUUGUUGUGCUCGGGCAUGCCGCAGGAUCUGUACAACUUAUGGCAUCCCAACAAUUAUCCCUUCUCAGACGGCAUUUGCAUACUGGAGAGCGUGCUGUCCGAGACGGCGGCAAAUGCCACCGUUCUGACCAUCACCUCGUUCACCGUGGAGCGCUACAUUGCCAUUUGCCAUCCGUUCAGGCAGCACACCAUGUCCAAGCUGUCGCGUGCCAUAAAGUUCAUCUUUGCCAUUUGGAUAGCCGCCCUGUUGCUCGCCCUGCCCCAGGCCAUACAAUUCUCCGUGGUAACCCAGGGCGCUGGCUCAUCAUGUACGAUGAAUAACGACUUCUUUGCACAUGUGUUCGCCGUAUCCGGCUUUCUAUUCUUUGGCGGCCCGAUGACGGCCAUCUGCGUGCUCUACGUGCUUAUUGGGAUCAAGCUGAAGCGGAGCCGUCUGUUGCAGGCGCUGCCGCGUCGCAGCUACGACGUUAAUCGCGGCAUCAGCGCCCAGACGCGCGUCAUCCGGAUGUUGGUCGCUGUGGCAGUUGCCUUCUUCAUUUGCUGGGCGCCAUUUCAUGCACAGCGCCUGAUGGCGGUCUACGGCUCCACGUUUGGCAUUGAGUCACAGUGGUUCAACGACGUCUUCAAUAUAUUGAACUACACAUCGGGUGUGCUCUACUUUCUGUCCACCUGCAUCAAUCCGCUGCUGUAUAACAUUAUGAGCCACAAGUUUCGUGAGGCCUUCAAGGUCACUUUGGCUCGUCAAUUUCGGCUCUCGGGCAAGCAUCAGGGUCAGGGCCUGCCGCACAACUACAGCGCGCUGCGACGCAAUCAGACGGGCUCACUGCGCCUGCAUACGGACAGUGUGCGCACCACCACAACGUUGACCACGUUGAAUGGCAGCAGCAAUGGGGCCGCAAUUGGCGGUUGUCGCAGCUCUCAGCGCUUGCAGCGUGGCUCGCUGAGCAGCUCGCAUGCCACAUUGCUGAGCACGCAGAGUCGCAGCAGACAGGAUCUGUUUGCGACACGUGUUGCAGCAGCUGAUGCAGCAGCAGCAGCAGCAGCAGCAGCAGCAGCAACAACAACAGCAGGAGCAGCAGCAGCUGCUGCAACACAUUCGCAGCCACACCGAACGCUGCAAACACAAAUUUCUCAACUGUCCUCCGUGGGCGAUGCCCACUCGCUGCUCGAAGCGGAGCUGCAGUGGCCCGAGGAGCACUACGAGCUGGCGGCACGGCACAAGUGUCCGCCUGCAGCGAUGGGCGCCAUCGAUGAGCUCAGCUGUCAAUCGAGUGUGGUGGGCGGCGCCGCUGCGGCUGGUCUAUCUCGUGCGCGUCUGAAGCUGACUCGCAUCACGCGGCAGCCACAAAUGCAGACAAGUGGAGCAGCACUUGCCACCGAGCCAGCGGCAACAGCAGCCACAUCAGCCACAACAGCAGUGGCAAAGUCAACGGGCAGUGGCAAAGUGCGCAAGGCAAAGGCUAAACGCUCAAAUGCGCUCAAGGGUCUCAGGGCCAAAUUGAAUUGGCGUGGCAGGCACAAGGAGAGCGCCAACGAAAACGCUGAUGGGCAACAAAUGCCGCAGUCAAGUGUGGCAUCAACACCAAGUGGCGUUUACUGAAGGCACUUCAGCUCGUUCGGUCAGUCCAUUCCAGAGAUCGCGGCGCCCGGGCUGGGGCCAGGGGGCAGGUACUCGUAACUGUGAUAAGAGCAGCAGCAGCAGCAGCAGCAGCAGCGGGACAACUACAACAACAACAAACAAUUCCAAUUUGUGGCCAACUAAGAGCCAACUAUAUUCCUAGCAAAUACUUAGUCAUAUAUUGUACAUACAUAUAUUUAACGCAUGUACUCGUUAUAUUACUCUGAUCCGCUCAAAUGUGUUUCUCUCUCUCUCUCUUUCUGUUAAUAAAGCUGCCAAAUUUAACUCUCGUAUCUGAUAUCUGGCACGCGUAUCUCUCGGCGCGCAUCCAAAUUAAGUUCUCAGACUAAUGAAUUCCAUGCAAGUUUUAAGUGCAGCUCACGCUGAAGCAUAAUCCCCCAGCAAUUAAGAUGUCUAUCGGCCGCAUAAAUUCCAUUUUGGUCUAGACGCUGGAAACUGUUCGAGAGGCUUAGCAGACGGCAGCUGUAAAAUGUGAAUCUGACGUUUUAAAAUGGCGUAUGAGUGUGUGUGCGUGUGCGUGUAAUGGCGUGUGUGAGUGCAUGUCCAUGCCCUUGACUAAUUACAAGUAAUUAGGCAAACAGUUCGAGCAACCGACUUCCAUAUACCCGCACACCCACUGGCUGAAUGUCUAAAGCAGUUGUCCAGUCAUAAAGCCAAAAUAAUAAAUGGCUAAUUUAAUUGCCUUAAACAAAAAACCGUAGAGCUUAUUGGCAUGAACCAAUGCCUAGGUUUGAGGUUUGGCUAACGAACUUCACUUUG